GAACCUCGGCAGAAGUCAGAGCUUAUGUUGACAAGAUCAUUUCCAACCCAACCAUCUCGGGGAGUGAACUGGCAGCUUGGCAAUGCUCCAGCAUGAUUCUACACUCAGGCCCCCCAGCUAAGCUUCCUGAAGAGCCAGGUGCCAGCUGGAGCCGGGGGGCUCCUGGCCUCUGAUUGGCUGCCAUCAUUUGUGGUUAGCCCUCCGUGGUCGGGGAGGCUGGGAAGGACAACAGAGGCUGAUAAAUAAUGCAGCAGUCCGCUCUGAGAGACAAGAGAGCAAGGAGGGCGAGGAGAGCACACUUUGUCUUCCCUUUGGUAUCAAGUCAUAUCAACCGAAUUACAGACAUCCCCACACUGUGCCCAGGCAGCCUGCUGAGCAAGAUACCUCAGCCAGCAUGGCUGUCUCUUUGACAGCCACCCUGGGACUCAAUUCUGCCCCAGAUGAAAUCCAGCAUCCACAUAUUAAAUUUUCCGAAUGGAAAUUUAAGCUAUUCAGGGUGAGAUCCUUUGAAAAGGCACCUGAAGAAGCUCAAAAGGAAAAAGAUUCCUCUGAGGGGAAACCCUCUCUAGAGCAAUCUCCAGCAGUCCUGGAUAAGGCUGGUGGUCAGAAACCAGUCCUGACUCAACCAGCAGUAAAGCCUCACCCUAAGUUUUUGAAGAAAUCCCAUGAUGAUGGGAAAGCAAGAGAGAAAGCCAUCCACCAAGCCAGCCUUCGACAUCUCUGCCGCAUCUGUGGGAAUUCUUUUAAAACUGAUGGGCACAAUAGGAGAUAUCCAGUCCACGGGCCUGUGGAUGGCAAAACCCAAGUGCUUUUACGAAAGAAGGAAAAGAGAGCCACUUCCUGGCCCGACCUCAUUGCCAAGGUUUUCCGGAUCGAUGUGAAAGCCGAUGUUGACUCCAUCCACCCCACUGAGUUCUGCCAUAACUGCUGGAGCAUCAUGCACAGGAAGUUUAGCAGUGCUCCAUGUGAGGUUUACUUCCCGAAGAACGCAACCAUGGAGUGGCACCCCCACACCCCGUCCUGUGACAUCUGCCACACUGCCCGUCAGGGACUCAAGAGGAAGAGUCAUCAGCCAAAUGUGCAGCUCAGCAAAAAACUCAAAACUGCGGUUGACCGAGCGAGGCAGGCCCGUCAGCACAAGAGGAGAGCUCAGGCAAGGAUCAGCGGCAAGGGAGUGCUGAAGAAGAUCACCAACUGCAGUAAGAUCCAUCUUAGCACCAAGCUCCUUGCAGUGGACUUCCCGGCGUACUUUGUGAAAUCUAUCUCCUGCCAGAUUUGUGAACACAUCCUGGCUGACCCUGUGGUCACCAGCUGUAAGCAUGUAUUUUGCAGGAUCUGCAUUCUCAGAUGCCUCAAAGUCAUGGGCAGCUAUUGUCCCUCUUGCCGAUAUCCCUGCUUCCCCACUGACCUGGAGAGUCCCGUGAAGUCCUUUCUGAGCAUCCUGAAUUCCCUCAUGGUGAAAUGUCCAGCAGAAGAGUGCAAUGAGGAGGUCAGCUUGGAAAAAUAUAAUCACCAUGUCUCAAGCCACAAGGAAUCGAAAGAGACUUUUGUGCAUAUUAAUAAAGGGGGCCGGCCCCGCCAGCAUCUCCUGUCACUGACCCGGAGGGCUCAGAAGCACCGUCUGAGGGAGCUCAAGCUGCAAGUCAAGGCUUUUGCCGACAAAGAAGAAGGAGGAGAUGUGAAGUCUGUGUGCCUGACCUUGUUCCUGCUGGCGCUGCGGGCGAGGAAUGAGCACAGACAAGCCGACGAGCUGGAGGCCAUCAUGCAGGGGCGGGGCUCCGGCCUGCAGCCAGCGGUUUGCUUGGCCAUCCGCGUCAACACCUUCCUCAGCUGCAGUCAGUACCACAAAAUGUACAGGACUGUCAAAGCCAUCACGGGGAGGCAGAUUUUUCAGCCUUUGCAUGCCCUCCGGAACGCUGAAAAGGUCCUUCUGCCGGGCUACCACCCCUUUGAGUGGCAGCCCCCUCUGAAGAACGUGUCCUCCAACACUGACGUUGGCAUUAUUGACGGAUUGUCUGGACUGUCCUCGUCUGUGGACGAUUACCCGGUGGACACCAUUGCGAAGCGGUUCCGCUACGAUUCGGCUUUGGUGUCUGCUCUGAUGGACAUGGAAGAAGACAUCCUGGAAGGCAUGAGAGCCCAAGAGCUUGACGAUUACCUGAACGGCCCCUUCACUGUGGUGGUGAAGGAGUCCUGUGACGGGAUGGGAGACGUGAGUGAGAAGCACGGCAGUGGGCCAGCCGUUCCGGAAAAGGCAGUUCGGUUUUCAUUCACAAUCAUGAAAAUUACUAUAGCACAUGGCUCACAGAAUGUGAAGGUGUUUGAGGAAGCCAAACCUAACUCUGAGCUGUGUUGCAAGCCCUUGUGCCUUAUGCUGGCAGAUGAAUCUGACCACGAGACUCUGACGGCCAUCCUGAGCCCUCUCAUUGCUGAGCGGGAGGCCAUGAAGGACAGCGAAUUAAUGCUUGAGAUGGGAGGCAUCCUCCGCACUUUCCAGUUCAUCUUUCGGGGCACGGGCUAUGAUGAGAAACUUGUCCGGGAAGUGGAAGGCCUUGAGGCUUCCGGCUCGGUCUACAUCUGUACCCUUUGUGAUGCCACCCGCCUGGAAGCCUCUCAAAAUCUUGUCUUCCACUCCAUAACCAGAAGCCACGCUGAGAACCUGGAGCGCUAUGAGGUCUGGCGUUCCAACCCAUACCAUGAGUCUGUGGAAGAAUUGCGGGAUCGGGUGAAAGGGGUCUCCGCCAAGCCCUUCAUCGAGACAGUCCCUUCCAUAGAUGCGCUCCACUGCGACAUUGGCAAUGCAGCUGAGUUCUACAAGAUCUUCCAGCUAGAGAUUGGGGAGGUGUAUAAGAACCCCAAUGCCUCCAAAGAGGAAAGGAAAAGAUGGCAGGCUACGCUGGACAAACAUCUCCGGAAGAAGAUGAACCUGAAACCAAUCAUGAGGAUGAAUGGCAACUUUGCCAGGAAGCUCAUGACCAAAGAGACUGUUGAAGCAGUUUGUGAAUUAAUUCCCUCCCGGGAGAGGCACGAAGCUCUGAAGGAGCUAAUGGACCUUUACCUGAAGAUGAAGCCCGUCUGGCGCUCAUCAUGCCCGGCUAAGGAGUGCCCAGAAUCCCUCUGCCAGUAUAGUUUCAAUUCACAGCGUUUUGCUGAGCUCCUCUCUACCAAGUUCAAGUAUCGGUAUGAGGGCAAAAUCACCAAUUAUUUUCACAAAACCCUGGCACACGUCCCUGAAAUUAUUGAGAGGGAUGGCUCCAUAGGGGCAUGGGCAAGCGAGGGAAACGAGUCUGGCAACAAACUGUUCCGGCGCUUCCGGAAAAUGAAUGCCAGGCAGUCCAAGUGUUAUGAAAUGGAAGAUGUCCUGAAACAUCACUGGUUGUAUACCUCCAAGUAUCUGCAGAAGUUUAUGGAUGCUCAUAAAGCACUGAAAAAUUCUGGGUUUUGCAUAAACUCACAAGGAAGCUUAGAGGACCCGUUAGGCUCAGAUGACUCUCUGGAAACUCAAGAUUCAAUGGAAUUUUAAGUCAGGCAGCCACUUAGGAGUUGGUUUUUGUGGAUGAGUUUCCUUCUGGGUUGCAUUGAGAUCUUCUCCUGUCACCAUUCAGUCCUCUGUGUGGGACUUCACCACCCGAGAGGUGGUAGGUUGGAGAAGCCACAGAUGCUGAGUCCACGUCAGGGAUGGGUAACUGAUGAGCUGGUUGCUUGAGCCAUUGAGGGAGUUCAGAAAAGCAACAGGAGAAAUCAGUUAUUUCAAAGCUCAGUAAACUCAGAACAGGAGUAACAGUCAGGGACCAGAGAUGAACAAAUCUGUGUGUGUGCGUGUGUGUGACUAGUGAGGUGAAAAUCACAGCCACAUUGUCAAAGAAGAAGAGCCUGUGAAGCCAGGAAGGGAGUUUGUCUUGUGGUUUCCAUUUCUCCCCCUUAAUUUCUUAGAGUUUUUAUUGAGACAUAAAUGUUUUCUAUAUCA